GGCCGCGUCUCUGUUUACAGUGGACGAUUGACCGUCGUUUGGCUAGCUUCGAUCGAGAAAGUAGGAAUAAAUAUUCAUUGUGCAGCGAUUUUUCAACGGACGAUGUUAAUAAUUAAAAUAAUCAGAGAUGACAAGAAGCGUGUUCAAUGAUCUCGGAUGAGAUUCAACAAUUUUUUUCUCGAGCAUCAUCAAUCAUAUGGGUGACAGCCUGAACGAAAGGAUAGAUAAUUUACGUAGACGAAGUAAAAUUUUAUUGGCUCGAGUGGAGGAGAAUUCCAAGAGAGUUAAAGACGAGAUCAAGAGAUUCUAUUCCCAAGAUCUGAUACUCAGAGAGAGCUGUAGGAAAUCUGAGAAAAGACCGUCCAAAGCGAAUGUACAAUCAUGGAAGUUAAGGAACGAUUCGAGCGGGGUUGGUGGAGCUUUGGGUUUUGAGCAUUUUCGUAACAGUUCCGAGUCGCUCGCAUCGAUGCCUAAUGCAAAGAGAGUGCUAACGUCGUCGAAAAAGUGUCACGAGCAUCAAUGCUGCACGCAGCUGGUUCAUAGAACAGCUGUGAAGGAAUGUUAUUGCAAUCCCGAGGUCAAGAGGAUUCAAUCGAAGCCAGCUAGGGUACGAAGAAAACAAUACUCGCCCUGCAAAAGAUGCAAGAGUCAUACUGCCGUUCCUGCUAUAGUGAUUGAAGACAAUUCCGAAAAGCCAGCUUUAACUUCACCUAUCAGCUGCGAGACUUUGAGGAGAGUCAAGAAGAUAGAUUACACGCCCAGAUCGCAAUUUUUGCGAAAUGUCAAGAGCAAGGUUUCCUUUUUACACUACGGGACGGGAGAUUGCCCGGAGACGUGUUACAAAUCGCGGUACUACCACGAGCUCAUGUCGAGGAGAGACGAUCGCGAAGAUGAUUACACGUAUCGAUUGAAACAAUCAUCACCGAAUCAUUUAACAGUACCAGACAACUCGGAGACUGGAGAAUAUUCGAAUCUUGGCAAUCUGGAGAGAAAAUCUAGCAAGGGAGUUCAAGUAUCCCUGAACCCUAAGGUCAUCAAGAAGACGCUGACCUCCAAGACUUCUGUACCUGAUGUAAAGAAGACUGAAUCUAGUUCGAAAUUAGCACCUAAGAGUAAAAACGCGGAGAGUCAGUAUUCCGAGAGGGACAGGCAAACACGUUCGAAAACUUCGUUCGACGGAGAGAAUCGAGAUUUGGAAAACGCACGGGUGAAUAAACCUACGAAGGAAACCGAGAUUCUUUCCGAGAGAGAAGUGAGAGAAUUGAAGAAAUUCCGUGAGCUGAAUUAUUUCGACACCCAUGGGUCCAGCCAAGCCUUGGGAUCGUCGAAGUCCACCGGUUCUUUAGAACAAUACUUGCUGAACGAUAGACUGUUUCCCGAACCCGCACGGUGUGUGCACAGGAAAAACUUGGUGGUAACGAUGCCUGCUUGCGUUACUACGCAAUGGAAACGAAUGCAUUACUUUCCGAGGUACAUAGUUCGCCAGGAGAAGAGCGAUUUCAAUGUUAAUCAAAAGAAAAAACGAUGUCAGGCCUGUCCCUUGACCGGCCACGCCGUCGAUCUCGGAAUCACUAAAAUUAGAGCUCCGCUAAGCAGCUUAGCGCUCAAAUAUCAAAAACGAUUGCCUUGAUAUUUCACAUAUUUGUAUGCUGGUACAAGAAUAAAUAAAAUCACGUUUUAUUCAU